CGUGUGUAUAAUACACUCCUGAUGGAGUUUGGUCUGUUCCCUGUAUUAAAAAGUUAUUGAUAGUGAAAGUAAUUAUUUAAUACAUAUCAGUGUCCGAUCGUGUCAAUUAUUGGUGUAGUUACCUUACUGGGUAUUAAUUGAAAUUCUGUACAGAUAAAAAUCUGAUCAUUCACAGUCAGAUGUUGAGAUUCCUUAAUCUCGACACGCAACACAAUAUUUAUAAAAGGUUAACAAUAAAAAUUUACUUAUCACUUAUCAUUGUCAUUCACUAAUAGAAUACCUACCAAUUCAUUUGGUUAAUGCAGUAAUUACCAAUAUUAAACGAACAAUUAAAAUACAAAAUAUGUUUUAAUCUAUCGAACGGAUGAUUAGUUAGGUAUUAGUUAUAACGAUUCAUCACAGUUUAACGGUUUAAAAAUGUGCUCAAUAAUUUUAUUACUUGUCAUCCUAAUGUUUAUUUUACAAACUGUACCUGUAUAUAACUCAAAAGAAGGUCAAGGUUAUUGGAAACAAGAAGGAGCUGAUGAAAUAUCAGAAGCAUUAAAUCAAAGAGUCAUAGAAGGAACAGCUAAAAAUGUAAUAGUAUUUAUAGCAGACGGUAUGGGCAUGACAACCAUGACUAGUUCCAGAAUAUAUGGCAAAGGAGAAAACGGGUUUUUAGCAUGGGAAAAGUUCAAUAACGUCGGUGUACUUAAGGUAUAUUCUGCUAAUAAACUGGUUCCCGAUUCCUGUAGCACUGCUACCGCCCUCUUCAGCGGCGUCAAAGCCAAUCACAAAACUUCAGGAGUUGACGCUACAGUCGACGUAGACGAUUGUGAAGCUUCCUUAAAACCAGAAGCUCAUCUAGAUAGUAUUAUGUCAUGGGCGCAAGAAUCAGGAAAGGGCACAGGAUUUGUGACUACCACUAGAGUAACUCAUGCGACACCAAGCGCUUUAUAUGCACACACCCCUAACAGAAAUUGGGAAUGUGAAAGCAAAAUUCCACAAUCUGGAUCAAAAUGUGAGGAUAUAGCUAAGCAACUUAUACAAAAUAUGCCUGGAAAGAAAAUACAAGUCAUCAUGGGUGGUGGUAGACAAUGUCUUCAAUCAUCAGUACCUGAUUCAGCAGCAGAUCCUGUAGAUACAUGGUCAUGUUACAGUAAAGACGGUAGAGACUUAAUAGAAGAUUGGAAAAAAGAUAAAGAAAACAAUAAGUAUUCCUAUCAAAUUUUAAACAACAAUAAGGACCUGCAAAAUUUAGAUCUUAGUAAGGAAUACACAUUGGGUAUAUUUGCCAACGGACACUUGAAAUACGAUUACGAAAGGGACAGAAGUGAUCAAGGAAUGCCCUCGCUGUCCAAUAUGACUGAGAAGGCGGUUCAACUUUUACAGAAAAACAAAAAUGGCUACUUAUUAGUGGUAGAAGGCGGUUUGGUAGAUCAAGCUCAUCAUCGCGGUCACGCGAGAAAAGCUCUGGAGGAAGUAAUCAGCUUUAGCGAUGCAAUACAGAAAACCUUAGAACUAAUCAAUUUCAACGAUACUUUGGUCAUUAUCACCAGCGAUCAUUCUCAUUCGCUGUUGCUCACUGGGUAUCCAGAUAGAGGACAAGGUGUUCUGUCAUCUACUUUAUCGGCAAUGGACAAAAUACCCUUUACAUCGUUACUUUAUGGGACGGGUGGACCAAAUAAUUAUCAAUUCGGUGUAGAAAAUGAAACAGUAGUUCGUCCGGAUCCAACAAAGAACGAUACCACCGAAUGGGAGUACUCGCAACAAGCUGUGGUACUGAAUGACGAAGUUACUCACAGUGGCGCGGAUGUUUUGGUCUUUGCUAAAGGUCCAAUGGCGCAUCUUUUCAAUGCAGUCCACGAGCAAACCUAUGUAGCUUAUGUGGUUGCCUAUGCAGCAAAAAUUGGUCCGUACCGGACUAAUGGAGAGUCUACACAGUAUUAUUGUAAUUGUUACUUAAUAUUAUUAUUAAUUACAUCACUGAUAAUUAUACUCAAAUAAAAAAAUAUAAAGA